UUGAACAAUUUUAAUAAUUUUCAUAGGAAAGAAGAACUUCAACUAGAACGCCAUGUUCAACAAGUACCAUACAGAACGACUGUUUGGUGCGCAGAUCCAAGCAAUGGUUUCAAAUGUCCUGAAACUAAGCAAGAAUUUUUUUUUAACUAUUCAAGUUUCAUUCAUGAAUUCUUUUUUGUUCGUAUAGCUUCACUGUUGAUAAAAAAAGUUAAAAAAGUCAAAAUAACUCUUGCAUUUAUUAGAUAUGGCGAAAAAAUAUCAUAUCGAAGUGUACCAAAAAUUGUUACAAAAUAUGUGAAGCAAUGUUGUGAAGGAUAUCAGCAGAUUUCUAAUAACACUUGCAUUCCUCUAUGUGAUCCACCUUGCUGGCGUGGUGUUUGCACUGCACCAAACAAUUGCACCUGUGAUGCUGGUUAUGGAGGUUCAUCUUGUUCUGAAGAUUGUCCACCGUUCUACUGGGGUCCAAAUUGUAAAAUUCCAUGUGAUUGUAGUCAUGGAGCUUAUUGCGAUCCCGUUACGGGCAUUUGUCAUUGCCUUGCUGGUUAUACUGGAAAGCAUUGUAGAAUUCCUUGCGAUAGCGAGCAUUGGGGUCCAAGUUGCGCAUAUCGUUGCUUAUGCCAGAAUGGUGGUGCUUGCAAUCCGGUUGAUGGUUCAUGCAAGUGCCUUCCGGGAUAUACCGGUCCACUCUGCCUUGAAAAAUGUGAACAAGGUAAGCAUGGACCUAACUGUAUUUACGACUGCAAAUGUCAAAAUGGUGCACAUUGCAAUGAAAAGGAUGGCAGCUGUUUGUGCCUUGCCGGAUUUUCGGGUCGAUUUUGUGAAAAUAGAUGCGAGAAAGGAUUUUAUGGCAUAGACUGUAGUGGUAAAUGUGGAUGUUACAACGAAAACGAAUGUGAUCCAAUAACUGGAGAAUGUCUGUGUGUUGGAUUUACUGGAAAAUACUGUGAGGAGCAAUGUCCACGGAACAUGUAUGGAAGCAACUGCAGCCAGAAAUGUAAUUGUGUACAUGAAGCACAUUGCCAUCCAAUCACAGGAAGUUGCAUCUGUCCGCAAGGAUUUCAUGGGAAACAUUGUGACCAAAAAAUUUGUCCCUUUGAUCGGUUUGGAGUGAAAUGCGAAAACGAAUGCGUUUGUAAUUCAAACAACACAAAACUAUGUCAUCCUAUCACAGGUACUUGCAGUUGUAAAGCAGGUUAUACAGGUGCAGCUUGUAAUUCGCUUUGCCCAAUAUUCUACUACGGAGAAAAUUGUGAUAAAAAGUGUGAUUGCAAUUUGAAUACAGGUUCACAGUGUGAUCCAUUCAAUGGAAAAUGUAUAUGCGCAGCCGGAUAUCAUGGCAUUCAAUGUAAUGAAAAAUGUACGGAAGGAACAUUCGGUGUUGAAUGUAAAAGUUAUUGUGAUUGUAGAAAUGGUGCAUCAUGUGACCAUCGUUUUGGUAUAUGCAAUUGUACAGCAGGUUGGCGUGGGCCACAGUGCAGUUUACGUUGUUGGGGUGGUCAUGCUGGAGUAGGCUGUAAAACUUGCAAUUGUACGAAUGGUGCAGGUUGUAAUCCGGUUACUGGUGAAUGCAUUUGUCCAGCAGGAUGGCAUGGCCCAAAUUGUGAACUACCAUGUAGUAAAAAUCGAUAUGGACUUUUGUGUUCGCAGGAAUGUCAGUGCAAAAAUGGUGCUGCAUGUGAUUCAGUUACUGGGGAAUGUAGUUGUGAAGAUGGAUGGGCUGGACUAGACUGCUCAGUACCCUGUCCAUCAGGAGACCAGAUGGCUUGUACUAAUGAAUGCCCGUGUAUUCAUGGAAUUUGCGUAAAUGGUUCAACAACCUGUACAUGUCGUCCAGGAUACACUGGUCUACUUUGUGCUGAAGAAUGUCCUUUCGGCACUUAUGGCGAGAAAUGUUCUGGCAAAUGCAAAUGUGAGCUAGGAUGUGAUCCACGUACUGGCGUGUGCUUGCAAUGUCCUGCUGGAUGGAGUGGUGCAAGCUGUGAACAGAGUUGUCUACCUGAAAUGUGGGGUGCACAGUGCUCAACUCACUGCGCGUGUACUGCACAUGCGGAAUGUGAUAACAUUGAUGGCACUUGUCAUUGCUAUAAUGGAUAUACUGGCAAACAUUGCGAAAAUGAAUGCCCGAUUGGCCGUUGGGGCAUAAAUUGCUCACAGAAAUGUAAUACAUGCAAGAAUAAUGGUAAAUGUAGUCCGAUAGAUGGAGAAUGUCGCUGUGAACCAGCAUGUGGUGAAGGUCAAUGGGGUCCUGAUUGUAUGAACGAAUGCAAAUGUGCAAGUGAUCGUAAAAUAUGCAAUUCAAUUAGCGGUAUUUGCCACUGUGCUGCUGGGUUGAAAGGAGAUUUGUGUAAUGAGUACUGUCCAGACGGUUUUUGGGGUCCAGACUGUGCUUUCAAAUGUUCCUGCGAAAUGAAAAAUUCUAAAUGCCAAGCAAUAACUGGCAAAUGUGUAUGUAAAGCUGGUUUUACGGGAUUACUUUGUGAUAAAAAGUGUCGUAAAGGUUUUUGGGGUGACGAUUGUGCGAAUAUCUGUAAUUGCGACAAGAAAUUUUGUGACCCUGUAAUUGGCUGCUGUGAUGAGAACGAUUAUCGAUGUCGUUCUCUAAGUAUACACUGCAUUUUUGCAUUUUCUUUUAACGCAGAUAUCUCAAGAUCAAGAAAUAACGCCAAUCUUAAUAUUAAUACUUUAUCACUUAAUCCAUCCAUUCUUUCUCGUUAACU